AUGCUCUCUGCGCUCCUCGGCGGCUACCUGACCGCCUACCCGCCGCCGCCUCUCCCACCCGCAACAGCAACAGCCCCCGAGCCCGAGCGCGCGUCUCCCAGCUCCCUUCCCUGCUCGCCUCAGACACGCGUCCCUCCUCGUCUCCCGACGGCGCGCGGCGGGGGCGGGGGAGGCGUUGAGCGCAUGGAGGAUAGGAUAAGAAAGAAGCGCCACAAGAUCGUGCAAACGAAGACCGGCUCUCCAAACCCCAUGAAGGUCGUCUUCAACAAAUUUGACUUCUCCAAUUCAUAUAUAUGGUUCGAGUUCUACAAUGCUCUGUUGCCAAAAGAUGUUACAUUAAUUUCUGAUUCUCUGCGAUCAUGGCAUAUAGUAGGCCGUCUUGGUGGUUGCAAUUCUAUGAAUAUGCAGUUAUCGCAGUUGCCUUUAGAUUGUAAAAGGCCGACUUAUGAUGCUCUUGAAGGAGCUAAUGUCACUCCGACAUCCUUUUACAACAUUGGUGAUCUUGAGAUUCAAGAUAAUCUAGCAUGA